UGGUAUGAAUGUGCCUUCUUCAUUCGGUCACCUGCUAAUUUGCAAGCCUUUCGCCGUCUUUUACGAGUAGUAAGAUCCUCUGUCUCUCUCUCUAUCUACUCUCUCAAUCUCUCUCCAUAUACGUAUACAUGUAAAUAUAUUAUCGAGAACUUCAGUUUUCUAUCUUUGAGCUCAAAGACGACUGGUGUGUGAAGAUUGUACGUUACAGAAAGCUAUGUAAUGCAUAUGGAUUAGCGUGUGUUGAUGGUUUCGAGGAAUUAUCAUUACCCAAAAAAAUUGAUCAUUGAAGGUUGAGAAAUGAGGUUGGAUGACUCAGAUUUUCAGAAAUAUUUUGCAUAUUUGUGAUGAAUUUGAUGGGACUUGAGCUGCAUUUAAUGAUUGCCAGUCAAAGCUGAUCUUGGAGUUUCUUGGGUGGGACUUGAAUUUAAUUGGGUUUCAAGAGUUUUGGGUUCUUUUGGCUGUGAAUUUAAAGAGUAUAAGAGCAGGGUUUGGAGGACACCAUUAAUGGAAAACUACUCAAAUUUAGGGUGUUUCUGAGAGGUGUUUCAACACUCAAUCAUGCCUUUAUCUGAGUUUUAUAGAAUGGCCCAAGGAGAGCUUGAAUCUGCCCAACAGAAGACCACAACUCGUUCAACUGAUCUAUCUUUUGUACCUGGUAAUGAGUUAGUUGAGCUAGUAUGGGAAAAUGGUCAUCUUAUGAUGCAAGGUCAGUCCAGUAAAAGUAGGAAGAGCCCUAAUAUUAGCACUUUUCCAUCUCAAACUCCAACUUUUGGUGAUAAAGAAGAUGAUGGGAGUCUUAACAAUCCAAAGAUGCUGAAAUUUGGGGCAACAGACAAUGUUCCGAAUAAUUUUCCAACUUCAGUGCUGCCGGUUGAAAUGGGUUAUGGUCAAGUCGAUGACUUGGUACCUUGGUUGAAUUAUUCCAUUGAUGAUCCUCUACAAAAUGACUACUGUUCUGAAUUCUUGCCUGAAUUGUCUGGUGUCACUGUAAAUGAGGUCUCUGCACAGAAUAGUUUGGCAUCAAUCAAUAAAAGAAAUAAUUGUAGUCAGACCGUGGAGAAUUUUUAUAAUUUUCCUGUAAUCAACGGUGUGGAUUUAGAACAUGGGAAUGCAACCAAGGUUUCUUCUUCAGGAGGUGGUGAGCUCACUAGUUCAAGAAGUGGCCAGUUAUAUCCACUGUCAUCCCAGCAAGGCCAAACAUCAGCUCUGUCUCUUGGAUCAGGAGCUUCAGGUAAUAUUGGCAAUAAUGGCAGUAAUACCCACCAAGCUGUUUGCGUGGAUUCUGUUCGGUGUCAUGCUUCAGCAGGUGAUUUUCCGAGCAUGAAGCCGAAGAGGCAAGAUUCAGGACUGCCAAACACGAGCUCUGGUUUAAUGAACUUCUCCCAUUUCACAAGACCUGCAGCUUUUGUUCACGCUAAUCUUCAGAGCAUUGGCACCAUGGACACUUUGGGUUCUUCAGAAGUAGAAAGGAUGGGAACUAAGAAUACAGGUUCUGCUACACGCAGUGGUAAACAUGCUGAAUCCACACACAACAAUUCAAGUACUGGUCCAAGAAAGGAAAUGGGUUUCAAUACUCAAACUAAUUUGGUGCCUGCCAAGGUUGAUUUGAAGCCAUUGAUGAUGGAUAAGCGGCUUGAGAAGAUAAGCCCUGCUGAACAAUCUGAAGCUUUUUGUCAAGGAGAUCCAAUUAAGAAUGAUAAGUCCCCAAAACAAGUUGUUGGAGGAAGUACAACUAAAGAAAUGCCAGAUGGUGAAAAAAAUGUAGAACCAGUAGUUGGUCCUUCCUCUGUAUGCUCUGGCAAUAGUGCAGAGAGAGCUUCUAAUGAUCCAACACAUAAUUUGAAGAGAAGAUGUCAUGAGAUCGAUGACUCUGAAUGUCGGAGUGAAGAUGUUGAAGAAGAAUCAGGUGUGAGAAAACAAGGUCCUGCUCGAGGAGUUACAGGUUCUAAGAGAAGCAGGGCAGCUGAAGUGCAUAAUUUAUCUGAAAGGAGGCGAAGGGAUAGGAUCAAUGAAAAGAUGCGUGCAUUACAAGAGCUCAUACCCAACUGCAAUAAGGUGGACAAAGCUUCAAUGCUUGAUGAGGCCAUUGACUAUUUGAAGACACUUCAACUUCAAGUACAGAUCAUGUCAAUGGGAACUGGAUUGUAUAUGCCGCCAAUGAAGUUACCAACAGGAAUGCAACACGUACAUGCAGCAGCUCAUAUGGCACAUUUCUCACCCAUAGGUGUUGGGAUGGGGAUGGGAAUGGGAAUGGGAAUGGGAAUGGGAAUGGGUUAUGGAAUGGGUAUGCUUGACAUGAAUGGUGGAUCUCCUCGAUGCCCUAUGAUUCAGGUGCCUGCUAUGCAAGGAGCGCAUUAUCCUGUGCCUCAUAUUUCUAACCUUCAAGGGAUGGCUGGAUCUAACCUACAGGUUUUUGGGCAUCCUGGUCAUGGACUUCCCAUGACAGUGCCACGUGCACCCUUAGAACCCUUGUCGGGAGGGCCUCCUACAAGUUCAGCCAUGCGACCAAAUGUCUCCUGGAUGGCAGCAAUUCCUGUGGAAGUUCCUAAUUCAGGUUCAAAGUCGAGCUCAAAGGAUUUGAUACAGAAUACCAACACACAAAUGAUGCACAAUGCUGAUGCUAGUAGCUCAAUGAAAACAUCUAGUCAGUGCCAGACAACAAAUGAGGGUUUUGAGCAGUCUGCUGCAAUGACUAAAAAUGAUCAAGCGCCAGAAGUUAGCAGCGGUGAAGCAGCUGAUUGACCGAUGCAGACGACACUUUACCUAGUAGAGCAGCCUGUGAGUAUUUGAGACCCUAUUAAGUUGAUUCAUCAUUAAUAUGAUAAAUUGAAAGAACGGUUGAAUGGUAAAAAAACUGAGCUAUUGUUAUAUGUAGGUUGUGACUGACAGUUACUACUAAACUUUGUCAUCAGAGAAGUGGAAUCAGUUUAUAGCAAUUGGAAUUGAACCUGCUGUUCAUUCUUUUAAUCUGGGAAAAUGUAGAUUAGCUAUCAAGAAAAAGUUCCAUAAAGAGUUUUGGAAUGAGGUGGAAAUUUUAAAAUAACUGUCUGAAUUCUAAUUCGGGGACCACUUAGCCACAAAUUGCACAGAUUUUGGUAAGUUGAAGAUGGGAUCUUCUCCUUUAUUUUGUACAUUUUGGCUUCAUGAACCAUGUGUUUUUGUGCUAUGGCAGAGGAGUUGAACUUCGUAGUAAAUGUAUUUAAAAGUGUUUCAGACAUGGUUAACUAUUCUUUAAAUUAAUGAAACUUCAUUUAUCUUACAAACA